AUGGUUGGUGGCAUUGCCGGUCUAUGGGGGGCUUUCAUUGAAGGACCACGAAUUGGCCGGUUCGACCGGAUCGGCCGGUCUAUUGCUUUAAGAGGUCAUAGUGCUUCACUAGUUGUAUUGGGUACUUUCUUGCUUUGGUUUGGUUGGUAUGGGUUUAACCCCGGUUCAUUUUUAACCAUACUCAAAUCUUAUGGUGAUAGUACAAGGGGUACUUAUUAUGGUCAAUGGAGUACAAUAGGGAGGACAGCUGUCACAACCACAUUGGCUGGUUGCACUGCUGCACUCACAACAUUAUUUGGUAAGAGACUUUUAGUGGGACAUUGGAAUGUGGUUGAUGUCUGUAAUGGUUUACUAGGGGGAUUUGCAGCAAUUACUUCAGGUUGUGCUGUUGUUGAACCAUGGGCUGCUAUUGUUUGUGGAUUUGUAGCAGCUUGGGUUCUAAUUGGUUUCAAUAAAUUGGCAACGAAAUUGAAAUAUGAUGAUCCGCUAGAAGCAGCACAACUCCAUGGCGGUUGUGGUUCAUGGGGCAUAGUAUUCACAGGAUUAUUUGCGAAAAAAGAGUACGUUAAUGAAGUAUAUCCAGGAUUUCCUAAUAGGCCAUAUGGAUUGUUCAUGGGAGGUGGCGAAAAAUUAUUAGGUGCACAAAUUAUUCAGAUUCUUGUGAUUAUUGGAUGGGUGAGUAUGACAAUGGGACCAUUGUUCUUUUUGUUACAUAAGUUCAAGUUGUUGAGAAUAUCGCGCGAAGAUGAAACAGCAGGAAUGGAUUUAACAAGACAUGGUGGAUUUGCAUAUAUAUAUCAUGAUGAAGAUGAAGGUUCUUCUAUGCCUGGAUUCAAGAUGACAAGAAUUGAACCAAUAAAUACUCCUACACCUGAUCAUCAUCACAACAGAUCUGUGGCUGUGUAA